AGCAGGCGCGGGGAGCGCCCCCGCUUCCCGGGAGGGGUGGCAGCGCGCUUGCGCGCGGGGCGGGGGGAAAUGGGGCGUGGCGGGCGCGUGCAGCCGCCGGGAGCCGCCCGCCGGGCUACCGACCGCUGUCCGGCCGCGUCCCGCCACGGCACCGCGCGACCAUGUCCAAGUCGCUGAAGAAGAUCGUGGAGGAGAGCAGGGAGAAGGGCCAGCCCGAGGUGGACAUGUGCGACCGCGGCAUCUCCAACAUGCUGGACGUGCCCGGCCUCUUUACGUUGUCUCAUAUCACCCAGCUGGUUCUGAGUCACAACAAGCUCACAACUGUGCCAGCAAACAUCGCAGACCUCAGAAACAUAGAAGUCCUUAACUUCUUCAACAACCAGAUUGAGGAACUGCCUACACAGAUUAGCAGCCUUCAGAAGCUCAAACACCUGAAUCUUGGCAUGAACAGGUUAAACACCUUGCCAAGGGGAUUUGGCUCUUUACCAGCUCUAGAGGUUCUUGACUUGACUUACAACAACUUAAAUGAAAAUUCUCUACCAGGAAACUUCUUCUAUCUGACCACCCUGCGUGCACUCUAUCUAAGUGACAACGAUUUUGAAAUCCUGCCGCCAGAUAUUGGGAAGCUCACAAAGUUGCAGAUACUGAGUCUUAGAGACAAUGACCUGAUAUCACUGCCUAAAGAAAUCGGCGAGCUCACUCAGCUUAAGGAACUUCAUAUCCAGGGAAAUCGUCUUACUGUGCUGCCCCCAGAACUAGGUAAUUUGGAUUUGACUGGUCAAAAGCAAGUCUUCAAAGCAGAGAACAAUCCUUGGGUUACCCCUAUUGCUGACCAGUUCCAGCUGGGAGUAUCUCAUGUUUUUGAAUACAUUCGUUCAGAAACAUACAAGUAUCUGUAUGGCAGACACAUGCAGGCGAAUCCUGAACCUCCAAAGAAGAACAAUGACAAGUCAAAGAAGAUCAGCCGUAAGCCUCUGGCAGCCAAGAACAAAUAAGUCCCUGGUUCUGCCUCUGUUUUUAUAUCUUUUACAUUGCUUUUGCAUGUGCCUAUAAUAUUCCUACGCAUCUCCUGUUACUCAUAAGAAAGCAGACACUAGAGGUAAAACCAAUUUACUAUGUAUACUGCUUCAGAAGAUCCUGCUUAAAGAAUACAAAAAUACAUAUUCUCUUAAUUGUGGUCACAUUUAUGUAGCCAUUUAAUAUAGCACUGUCAAACACAUUUUAGCUUUUCUAUUUAUAUGUAUAUUAAUGUCCUUUCUUCACAUGUAUCACAUCCUGUUAAUAUCAGGGGGGUUGCACCUAUAUUAUACAAUAUUAAAUUUCAUAUAAUAUUCCAAGUGAUUUUAAUAAAGCUCUUUAUUUGUA